AGCUUUCUCACCCUCUCCAGACACCGCUUUGGUUCACAUGUCCUGCAGAGUGCACUGUCUUCGCUGCAACAUGCGAUUAGUCGCGAAUCGCAUGUUUCGAUGCCAGUGUUUUCUUCUGCCCAAGCAAGAAGCGUCGAGACGGAAGCAUCUAGCUCCAUUGGGAUCCUGCGAACAGCCACGCAACUGCUGCUCGAUGCAACCGUCGAACUCGCGCCACACCUCAGCAGCCUGCUGCAAGACGCCUUUGGAACGCAUAUCUUGCGCAUUAUCCUAAUCUUGCUUGCGGGUCUGCCUCUCGAACAGCAGGAUCAGCGAGGUGCCAAAAUGUUCGGACGUGAAUUGACGAGAUCGAGGAAGAGCGCGGUUUACAGAGCCAAAGAGAACCGCAACGGAGCAGCAAAAGGCAAGGGAAAGGCCACUGAACCGUUGCCUGAUGAGUCUUUUGUGCAAGCACCCAAAGUACCUUCAUCAUUCAAGGAGACCUUGGUCCAAAUACGCGAGAAUUGCCUCUCGCACCUCUCACAGAACGAGGUGCGCGCAAUCGCUGUCUCGCCUAUAUCAGCUCCGACCCUCGCGCUCUUCCUCAAUCUUGAGGCUGCUUCUCCUAAAUCAGCGGACAAAGCCGGUGGAUUACAUGACAUGCUUCUCGACGGCCUUGUCGCCGUAGCAAGCUCAAUGGCGAGGGGGAGAAAGGAAGAGGCGAAGCUGCCACAACGUUCCGACUUCAUCGAAACCUCCUUGCGCGACACAAUCGGUUCUCACACUCUGCAAUCAGCACUGGAAACAUGUCUUCCUGGUGCACUCAUUUUCUUCUAUCGCGUGUAUCUGCAAACGCAAAGUCAGACCGAGGGCCAAGGUACCGGUCGCACCAUCAGUUUAGGCACCCAUCCAAUCGCCAAUUUUGUCGUCACGACUGUGAUCCGACGACUCGGGCAAGUGGCGUUGAAAGCGCACACUGUGCGGACUGAAGGCGAAAUUAGUGCCUGGGAAAAGUUGGCACUCGAAGCAGUGGAUCUUAUAAGGGAUGCCAUCAAAGAGGUCAGGAAUGCAGGUGGCAAAAUUGUGAAAGAAGGAAAAGUCAAUCUAUUGCAGGCACUACUUGAGGCAGCUGCAGCAGCUGACACUUGGGGCUCCAAGAGUGAGGGCACCAAUCUGCAGGAAGAAGCGGCUUCCGCUAUCUGCCAUGCUUUUGGUGUGGACCCUGGGUCUACUGAGCAGGGUGAGACUACCGAACAGACCCAACUUGACACACUGCACAUCUUAUUGGCAUUCAAGACGCGCAAGGACUGGGUUAAGAGUCGCAAGCGUGAAGUUAAGCUCAAGCAAAAGGCGGAAGGGGCGAAACACAUUGGUGCCCGAAAAGCAAAGAAGAGAGCAAAGAAAAUGAUUUCAUUCGGCGAAGUGGAAGAGGACUCUGACUCAGAAUCAGACCCUGAGCAGAAAGAAGGAGAAGUGAUUCUGGUUGCUACUACGGCCAAUGAGCAAAACAGUGCUGAGAAGAUCGCGUCACUGCCUGACGUAGAAGCGACAACGCAAGGAAGCGUGCUUUUGCAGCACAUUGCUCGGCUCAGCCUUCCAGCGAAUGAAUUGAUUCAUCGAAGCCUUCAAGCACAACAACAGGAAAUGCUGCUAUCGAUCAGCCGCUCUGGAAUCGCGGCUCACGUCGUUCUGGCGGCGAUCAACUCCUCCACCACCACUUUCCACCAUCGCAGGAUACUCUUCGAGCGGCUCAUCCCGCUCCUGUCUGAUUUGGCAGACGACAGAUGGGGCAGUCGCGUAGCAGAUGCUGUCUGGGACCGGGCAGAUCCGUUUACAAAGGAGAAAAUCCUGAAGUCGCUUCGUGCAAAAGAAACACAUCUGCUGUCUUCGCAAUACGGCCGCUUCCUUAUCCGCCGCUUGAAUCUCGGAAUGUAUCGCAAGGACGUUGCCAAAUGGAAGGAGUGGGCUAAAGCACAGGUCAAAUCUGACCCCUUGCCUUCCUUGACGGAAGAAGCUCAGGCCAAGCAAGCCGACCAGAUGACAACAGUACACAUGGCACUACCGCCUCCUGAUGACAGCGUUGAGCAACCGAUUCAAUCGAAGAGGCGGAGGUCCGAAGACUUGGAUGCGGACAAGAUAUCAAGGAAGAAGUCUAUGAAAGCGAGAAAAGAUGCUGUCACAAACGAGUUGGACAUGAUCCUCGCGGGCGCCAAGUAGAUAGGAAUUCAAUUGUUUAUCAAUGUUAUCAAUGACC